AUGAUCAAGUUCAGGCCAGGUGAUUUAACACGGAUCAAGUCCAAUAUGCCACUCAAAAUGCUCAUAACUAACACCAAAGUUGGGAGGAAUACAAAGGCAUUAGUUACUGGUGUUUCAGAGAGGACUCUCAGGCAUCCAAAAGCUAUAACAGCUGUAUUUACUGCUAUUGAUUCUAUUAGCAAUGAACUAGCUACUAUUAUCCAGUCUCCUGUUCUUCAUGACAUUGCUAUAACUAAGAAGGAAGAGAAAUUAGAAGAAUUAAUGGAAAUGAACCAAGGGUUGCUUCAAUGUAUGGGGGUCAGCCAUUCUUCAAUAGAAACUGUGCUUCGAACAACGUUGAAAUACAAAUUAGUUACCAAGCUGACAUGA